UGUCUGAAUUUCGGAUUUUGUUCUUACCUAGGUGUAUUUAAUUACUAUAUUAUACUAAUAUAGUUACUGUUAUAAUUUUUAUGUAAUCAAUUAAUAAUACUAUUAUUCGCAAAAUGAAUGUUUUAUUACAGGGAAUGAAAAAUUUAAUACUCAAUAAUUCGCGUGAGUAAUACAAUGAAAUAACAAAGCUAAAACAUUAAUAAUUAAAAUGUAUGUUUUAGUAGUCGGAACACUUGGAACAAUAAGAUGUAUGGCAUCACUUAAUCAAAUGCACAAGACUGGUCCACAUAGGAAACCUAUGUUUAAACGUAAUCCAUUAGGGGACAAUCCAUUUUUAAAAGGGGUCGUCCUUAAAACGUUAAUACGAAAACCCAAAAAACCAAAUUCAGCCAAUCGAAAAUGUGUUUUGGUUCGUUUAAGUAAUGGCAAGGAAAUGAUAGCUUAUAUCCCUGGUGAAGGACAUAAUCUUCAAGAACAUAAUGUUGUUUUAGUACGCAAUGGUCGAUGUAAGGAUUUGCCUGGAGUAAAAAUAACAUGUGUAAGAGGAAAAUAUGAUUUGCCACAUGUUGUUAAGAAAACACAAACAAAUUCAUAAGUUUAAAUUAUUAUAAAUUGUAUUUAGUGUAGUACAAUUUUGAAUUAAUUAAUAAAAUAUACAAAUAUGUUGCUAAUGCAAUAUAAAAUGUUUCAAAAUAAGCAUUUUAAUUCUAAUUUAACUUUUUCAACCUUCUUUGCUUCUAGUCCAUCUAUAAUUUUCAACGGUGGUGGUGGUCUAAUUUUACGGCCAAAACGACCAGUUUUUCUUUGCCAUAAUCCAGAUCGUGGUCGAUUACCUAAUUCACGAUUACGGUUUGGACUGCCGAUAUGUUCUUUAAAGUGAUUUGCAUUAGAUAUUUGCCCUAAAAAACCAAAUAAAUGAGUAAAAUUAUUAAUUUAGUCAAAUCUUAGAUGAAUAGCAAACAUAAAAUUAUUCAUAGAAAUAAAUGUACAAUACAAGACACAUUGAAUAGAAUGAGUUUGGAAACUAAACAAUCCCUCUAAGGGUGUACAAUACAUAAUAGGUAUAGUUAAAGCAUCAAUUAUAAAUAUUCAACAGUGUAAGUUAAACAUUUUUGAUUUUUAUUUGGUAUAUUAUAUAAAAUAUAUAAAAUAUAAAAGAAAAGUGUUGCGGAAAAUAUAUGGCCCGGUCAAAGAUGAAAUAACUGGUGAGUGGAGACGAAGAAAGAACUUAGAGCUGGAAACACUAUACAGUAGUUCAGNUUAAUACGACCGGUUGUAGUGUAUGGAUCGGAAACAUGGCCACUCAGAAAAAUGGAUGAGCAUAGAUUCAUGGUCUUUGAAAGAAAAGUGUUGCGGAAAAUAUAUGGCCUGGUCAAAGAUGAAAUAACUGGUGAGUGGAGACGAAGAAAGAACUUAGAGUUGGAAACACUAUACAGCAGUUCAGAUAUUUUGGAGGUCAUCAGAGGCAGAAGACUACGGUGGGCUGGCCAUGCUUGGAGGAGCCAAAAUCCACUAUUACAUGCUGUGAUUGAACAAAACCCUGUAGGUAAAAGACCUCUGGGGAGACCAAAAAUGCGAUGGGAAGACAAUAUAAAAAAGGAUGUUGAACAUUUAGGAGGCUGUGCCAAUUGGAGAAAUCUGGCAUUAGAUAGAGAAGGAUGGAAGCUUGGUUGUGAGACGGGAUGGUCUUAACGGCCCAAUAAACCCAAAAAAAAAACAAAUAUUAUAUAAAAUGACCCAGUCAUACAGUGUUAACACAUUAAAGGCAAUAUUAAAGUUAAUUNAUUUUAAGAAAAGAAAUUUUAAUUUUAAUUUUUCAAUCAUCUUCAAAAAUGUAAAGUUAUACCAGAUGUAAUUAAAGACUUUCAGAGAGAAGAUAUGACACGACACAAGUUUAAAGUAUGUUUUUAAAUGAGUUUAGCAGUGUUAAAUUUAAGCAAAUUAAAAAACAUGAGAAACAUUUAUAAUAUUGAUACAAUAAAUAAUGUCUUACCAACUGUUGCCAUACAAUGUUUAGAAAGCGAAACUUGUAAUUUAGAUGGUAAUUGAACAAUAACUCUGUUAUUCACUUGUCUCAAAAUUGUAGCUGUCGAGCCAGCAGUAAAAACAUAAUGAGCACCUUCACCGGGCAUCUUUUCGAUACAAUGUACUUUCGUACCUUUAGACAACGCACCAAGUGGAUAUGCAUCUCCUUCUUUUGGAUUCACUUAUAUUUAAAUAUUAAAAUAAUUAUUCAAUUAAAUAUACAAUUUCAAAACAAUUGCCUUAAAUCAUAAUUUAUAAUAAUAAAAAUGUAUACCUGGAAUACGAGGAAUGAAUCCAGAUGUGAUUAAUGAGUCUCCCGGUUUCAUAUUAACAGUAGCAAUGAUAUAUUUUAAACUUGUUCCGCAACCAACUAAAGCCACUUUGGCUGUUCGACAACCACAAUCCAUUAUUUCUAGAACACGGUCAAUUCUAGGAGGAUCAUGUUCACUAGUUGGUCCAAAUCGUUUUAAAUCAACCCAAUGGUAUUUUUGUUUAAUACCACCACCCAAGCCUUUAACAACGACUCUGCCUGGAAAUAAAAAUAAUAAUAAUUUAAAUGAAUUUUCUUUACCAAUCAAAUAUAUUUAUGUCAUUUUUGAUGAAAAUUACUGUCUAAAAGUCAAAAUUAAUUACUAAGGAAUUUAAUGUAAUUUUUAUUUUAAUGAAUCUUGUAGAACCUAUUUUGUAUAAUCUUAUUGAUUAGAAGACAUUGUAUAUUUGAGAUCACCAUGAAGUUAGCAAAUAAAGGUUAUACAAAUGAGUAUCUGCUAAGGUAAAUUUAUUCUUUCAAAUCAAAGUAUUUCAAAUAAUUUAUACCAGUUUCAGGAUCUCUGCCUGCUAAAUGUUUGUUAUUCAAUGGUUUCACAGUGUAUUUUUCCGGCCAUUCAAUUUCUCGUCUAAAGCUUCUUGAUUUCGGAUCUGGUAACUCCAAGUGAGUAAAAUUCCAUUUAUUUCUAACUACAUUAAAAAAAAUGGAACUUUUACUGUUCAAUUUGGUACAAUCAAACACAGAAAAUCGUAAUGACGAUACAAUAAACGGCAUUGACAUUUCAGAAGGUAGUUAUAUAAAUUUACAUUAAACAGCUAACGGCACGAUUGCGAUUUAAGAAAGCACUUAAGUACACUUUAAUAUUUUCAAAUGUAUAAGAAAUAGGUACAAAAAUUAAAUUCCGGUGUCU